AUGUCAGUAAUUAUUUUUUCAUCAACACAUUUAUUCUUGACGACAAUUUUCAUACAAACAAUAGCAUGUGCUGUACCGACUAAUCUACAAAAUCUCGAACUCACUGAUGUCACAUCACUAUGGAAUCAAUUUCCAUCUAUUAUUGACAAAAUCGAUGAGAGUGUUAAUCGAUUUCGUUGUCCAAAAGGAUGGAAACGUUUAGGUGGUUCAUGUUAUUAUCUUUCUAAUUUAACAUCAAUAUCUAGUGCUGCUAAUCAUACAUGUAAUUAUCUUCAUUCUAAUCUUUCAAAUCUCAUACGAAUACAAAAUACAGUGGAAUUAGCCUAUGCUGCUCAUGUUUUAACAAGAAAUAAUUUGUCAUCAUUGAUGCUUUCUCUUGAUCCAAAAUUACUUAAAGGAAAAAAUCUUGUAGAAAUGUUAACAAAUGAUCAAGAUCAAUGGAAUAGAAUGAAACAAAAAUUUCAUAAAGUACGUAUCAAAUAUCUUAAUUUAACAACAAAAAUCGUCGAUCGAUUAAAAUCAAUUAAUUUACGUCUGUUGAAACGCUCAAGAAAAAUAAAACAAUCAUUUGAAAAAUAUAAUAAACCACAGAAAACACCAAUAAAUGUUAGUUUAGUUAUUAAUGAUAAUGAUGAAUAUGAAUAUGAUGAUCUUGAUUCAUCAGAUGAAAGUGAUGAAUUUGAACAAAUCGAAAAUAUACGUAGAAUUUGUGAUCAAAUUGCUUGGAAUGCUUUAGCUGAUAAUUCAACUGUUUAUAUUCUAACAACAUAUAUUGUAUCAGAUAAAAUUGUUUGUUCAUUAAGUGAUGUUGAACCUGAUAUUGAAUAUCAUCAUAUUUGUGAAUAUGUACUUGAUUUUUGUUUUGCAAAUAUUAUUUGUGGUAAACAUGGACAUUGUGUUAAUACAUUAUCAGGUUUCAAAUGUUCUUGUUCAUUUUUAUAUGAUGGUCUUCUUUGUGAAACAAUUUCACAAGAAGAUCAGCAAAUCCUUAUCGGUAUUAUUAUUAUUAUUAUUAUUAUUAUUAUUCUUUAUGCAACAUCAUUGAUACCGAUUCGACGUUUAUUAGGAGGUCCACAUGAAUUAUUAAAUCCAAUUAAACGUAAUCUUGUUCGUAGUAUUUGGGUUGGUCUUUUAAGUACAUGCUUUUUAUCAGUCUUAUUUAUUACAAUAACAUUACGAUAUUAUAAAUUAUUUGAAAUUGAUAAAAUUAAUGAUAAAACAUUAGGAAGUCUACUUAAUCAUACAACUCAUUUAAUAGAAGAAUGCGAAAGUACAUUAGAUUAUCGAAUAGAAAAUUUAAAAUUUUUUCCUUUUGCAUUGUCUUUAAUAUUUAUUUUUUCGUGGUCAAUUAAACGAGACAAACAAUGUUUAAAGACAUGUAAUGGUCGACCUGGUUUAUUAUCACCAAUUGAACCAUUUCGUAUAGAAAAUCGUUUUACAACAGCAACUGUUUUUGGAAUUAUUGCUUAUGGAGCAUUAAAAAUCUUUGAAGAACUACUUUUUGGUUUACAUAAAACAUUUAAUCAUGGUGUACUUUUUGAAUUAAUUAUAAGAAUAGCAAUUAUCGCUGUUGUCGGAUUUCGAUAUUAUCCGAUACUUGCUUCUCUAAAAUUACGAAAUGUUUUUAUUCGUUUUUUCGCUUGUCUAUAUAUACUCUGUGAUAUUAUAUAUACAAUUGUACGAGAAAGUUCAUGUAUGGGUUUUCUUCCAUUAGCAGGAAAAUAUACAGUUGUUGAAGAAGCAAAACUUCGAAUGGAACUUGGUACAUGGUUUAUUAUAUAUGGUUUAAUAAAAAAUAUUCCACAUUUCUUUUUUCUUUCAUAUAUUGGUGCUGAAUUAUGUGUGCGUUUUGUAUAUGAUUCAAUAUAUGUAUCAGUAAAAAAAAAGAAAAGCAUUUGGUCAACACCUCAUGUACAAUUUGAUGAAUUAGAAUUUGCAAAAUAUUAUGUUACAAAAUUACUUCGACGUAAUUGUCCUUUAUAUCGAACAAAUACUAAACAAAAAUCAAAACAACAAAAUGUAACUAAUCGAUCACUUAUAAAAAAGUUCUUUGAUUCUUUCUAUUAUUGGGACGAAGAUUUUCAUUUUACAACAAUAGCAACUUGUACUUAUACAGUAGCUUUUGUUUUUCUAUAUUAUUUGGCAUGUACAUUUAUUUUUCUGUAUCUUUCACGACCAGCAGGAGUUAUUCCAUUUUUAAGAUCUUUUAUUGAAAAUUCAGCAAAUGUUGAAUUAGAUGAUUCAUUCACUUUGAAACAUGAAAUAAUAUUAAGCGCUGUUUUAGCAGCAAUUUUAUACGGAUUUCAAUUACUUAUUGGAAUGCAAAAUUAUAAAAAACAUAAGCAACAAUUAUAUAAAGGUAUAUAUAUUGACGUUCCAUCAACAAGGAAUAUGGAAUGGAGCUCAAUCGUAUCGAAAUCUGUACAUUAUUCUGGUUUUCUUGUUGGAUAUAUGGCAUGGGGUUUUGUUAUUUGUUUUCAUUUAAUACUUUUAAUAUUGAUUGGAAUAAGAAUUCUUUCAUUACGAAUUCGUCAAAUUGAAUUAGUACUUACCAUUAUUGUACCUAUACUUAUUAUUUAUCUAAUAAAAAUCCUUGGUAUGAAAUUAGCCGGAAAGUUUGUAUUUACAAAAAAGCCAGAAGACAUUAAUGAUAUGAAAAAUCCCAAAACCUAUGCAAUAUUUAUUUAUUUCAGUUUUUUUGCUGAUUGUUUUCUUGGUAUGGCUUCAUGUAUUAUUCGAUUGAUUAAAGCAACAUUUCUUAAUGUAGUAUUUAUGGCUCGACUUGAUUAUAGCUUUCUUGGACGACCAUUGGAGAAAUUCGAUGCUGGUUUUGCUGCUUAUGUCUCAUAUUUACAUGUUGAAAAACAUUAUUCAAAUCCACUCAUGCUUGUUUUUUCUGAUUUACUUUUAAAUCUAACUACUGAACAAUCAAGAAAAAAUCAUAAUGAAAAAUUUUCUACAAAUAUAAAUGAUUCUGAUGAUGAGAAUAGAUCUAAAAAACAACGAAAAAAUAAAUACGAUAAAUCAAGUAGAAAUAUUAAUCAUAAUACAACGGACAAUCAAUCAUGUCAUUCAAUAACAGAAAUAAAUCCAACAACAAAGUUACAAAAUUUAUCUACAAUGUCUGGUAGAAAUAAUCAAACGAUUGAUAGUAGAGAACGAAGAUUACGAAAGUUUGCUAUUUCUGAUGAUGAAAUUAAUGUAGACAACGAUGAUAAUUCUUCAACACGACUAACUUCAUCUACUCUUCAACAACAAGCACAAUUAUCAAAAUCAUCUAUUAAUAGAACUAAAAUAUUAAAUCAUGAAUAUCUUCUAUCUAAACAAGAUCAAUAUGAUGACGAUAAUUAUGAUUAUGAAAUAACAAAUAAUAAUACUCAAGCUGCAAUUGUUAGGCGUCCUCAUUCAAUUAAGGAAUCAAUUCCAUUAAUAUCCAUUCAUUCAAAUAGACAAUUAUCAGAACGAAUACAAACAAAACAAAGCACUACAACUGAAAAUGAAGAAAAAAAGAGAAGAAUAAAACGAAAAAUCGCACGUUUUCGAUGGUUUCUUGCUUAUACAAUUAUUCAUAAUUUUCAUAUAUUUGAUCUAAAAAAAUGCCUAAAAAAUUCAUUGACAUUUAUAUAUUCACAACAAAAUCAACCGGUCGAUGAACAAUUAUCCAGACUAAUAGCUACUGAUCAAAACCAAGAACCUACAAUUGCUUCACUAUCUGAGCCAUUAAUAAUGCAAAGAUUAAAAGGAAAUACAUGUAAGCCACAAUCUCCUACAAUUGAUCGUUUAUUAUCUAUGCCUAGCAUCGAUGAAUAUCCAUCAUUAAGUCCAGCUGAACUAUAUAUUACAUCUUUGAAGCAACAGUUACUGAUUGUUUAUAGUCAAAAUGCAACUUCACCGAAAAAUACAGAUGAAUUACAACAAGAAAAUAUCGACUCACCACUAUUUCGAUCUCUACCUAUCUCAAAUGAAUCGACAAACGAUUAUUCACCAGGAACUCCUUCGAACAUAAAUUCAUCAAGAUUUCUUCAACUAUUGAGUCAUAAUCAACAUAUGCAAGCUUGUGUACAAAUGCAACUAGCGAUGUCUGAUUGCGCAACAUGCGUUCUAUCAAACAAUGUACAAAAUCUUGAAUUUGAUGAUAUUACAUCACUAUGGGAUAAAUUUCCAUCCAUUAUUGAUAAAAUCAAAGAGACUGUUAAUCGAUUUCGUUGUCCAAAAGGAUGGAAACGUUUAGGUGGUUCAUGUUAUUAUCUUUCUAAUUUAACAUCAAUAUCUAGUGCUGCUAAUCAUACAUGUAAUUAUCUUCAUUCUAAUCUUUCAAAUCUCAUACAAAUACGAAAUGCAGUUGAACUAUUCUAUGCUGCUCAUGUUUUAACAAGAAAUGAUUUAUCAUCAUUAAUGAUUUCUAUUGAUCCAAAUUUCCUUAAAGGUAAAAAAAUUGCAGAAACAUUAAUGAAUGAUCAAGGUCGAUGGAAUAGAAUGAAAUUCAAAUUUCAUGAAGUACGUGUUAAAUAUCGAAAUUUAAAACAAAAAAUUGUCGAUCGAUUAAGUUCAACUGGUUUACGUAUAUUAACACGUUCGAAAAAAAUGAAACAAAUACCAUCUAAACAAUCUUUGAUUCAUGAUGAAAAACAAUUCAAUAAAAAACAAUCAAAUAUAACAAAUAUUAUUUUUUCAAAUGAAACAACAAUUAAUAUUGAUUUAGUUACCUCCACUAAUGAUAAUGCUGAUGAUGAAGAAUAUGAAUAUGAUGAUCUUGAUUCAUCAGAUGAAAGUGAUGAAUUUGAACAAAUUGAAGAUAUUCGUGGUAUUUGUGAUCAAAUUGCUUGGAAUGCUUUAGAUAAUAAUUCAACUGUUUAUAUUCUAACAACAUAUAUUGUAUCAGAUAAAAUUGUUUGUUCAUUAAGUGAUGUUGAACCUGAUAUUGAAUAUCAUCAUAUUUGUGAAUAUGGACGUGAACGGACAAAAGUAGAUAGUAGUGAUGAUAGACAACAUCUAGUAUCCAGAGACAGAUCAGAUAACGAUAUAAAAAUCACUGAUGCAGCUCAUUUACAACAAAACAAUGGAACAUUUCAUUUACAAGAACGUCGUCCAACGAUUGCUGAAGAAAUUAUGGAAUUUCUACAAGAAAUCUAUCGAUGCAUAACUUUACCAAGAACUACAAAUCCAUUAUUAAAUCCAAUUAAACGUAAUCUUGUUCGUAGUAUUUGGGUUGGCCUUUUAAGUGUAUUACUUUUAUCAAUCUUAUUUCUAAUAACAACAAUAAUGUAUUUAAAAUCAUUUGUAUAUUAUAUAAGUGAUGAAAAAGAAGGAGAAUUCUCAAUUAAUGAUACAAUUCAUUUAGUUAAACAAUGUGAAAGUAUAUCAGAUUAUCGCAGAGGAAAUUUAAUAUUUUCUCCUUUUGCAUUGACUUUAAUACUUAUUUUUUCUUGGUCAAUGAAACGAGAUAAACAAUGUUUAGAUAUGUGUGAUCGUCGACCUGGUUUAUUACCACCAAUUGAACCAUUUCGUACAGGAAAUCGUUUUACGACAGCAACUGUUUUUGGAAUUAUUGCAUAUGAAGUAUUAAAAAUUUUUGAAGAACUACUUUUUAAUGCUGGUCAACCAGCACAUCAAGGUGUACUUGUUGAAUUAUUGGAACGAAUAGCUGUAGUCAUUCUUGUCGGACUUCGAUAUUAUCCGGUGCUUGCUUCUCUACAAUUACGAAAUAUUGUUGCUCGUUUUUUCUCUUGUUUAUAUAUACUCUGUGAUAUUGUAUAUACAAUUGUACGAGAAGGUUCAUGUAUGGGUUUUCUACCAUUAUCAGGACAAUAUACUGUUUUGGAAGAAGCAAAACUUCGUAGAGAACUUGGUACAUGGUUUAUUAUAUAUGGUUUAAUAAAAAAUAUUCCACAUUUCUUUUUUCUUUCAUAUAUUGGUGCUGAAUUAUGUGUGCGUUUUGUAUAUGAUUCAAUAUAUGUACCAGUAAAAAAAAAGAAAAGUAUUUGGUCAGCCCCUAUUGCCCAAUUAGAUGAAUCAGAAUUUGCAAAAUAUUAUGUUACAAAAUUAUUUCGACGUAAUCGUCCGACAUCUCAAAUAAUUAUUCGACAAAAUCCAAAUACUGACAAUCUAAUUGAUUAUGAACAUGAAACAAAUCAACAAAAUGUAAUUAAUCAAUCACGUAUAAAAAAAUUUUUUGAUUUUUUCUAUUAUUGGGAUGAUGAUUUUCGUUUUACAACAAUCGCAACCUGUACUUAUACAGUAGCUAUCGUUUUUCUAUAUUAUUUGGCAUGUACAUUUGUUUUUCUAUACAUUGCAAGAACAACAGGACAUAUUUCAUUUAUAAGAUCUUAUAUUGAACACUCAGCAAAUGUUGAAUUAGAUGAUUCGUUUACUUUGAAACGUGAGAUAAUAUUAAGUGCUAUUAUAACAGCAAUUAUAUACGGAUUUCAAUUAUUUAUUGGAAUGCAAAAUUAUAAAAAACAUAAACUACAAUUAUAUAAAGGUAUAUAUGUUGAUGUUCCAUCAGCAGACAAUUUUAAACGAAGUUCAAUAGCAUCGAAUUCUGUACAUUAUUCUGGUUUUCUUGUUGGAUAUAUGGCAUGGGGUUUUGUUAUUUGUUUUCAUUUAAUACUUUUAAUAUUGAUUGGAAUAAAAAUUCUUUCAUUACAAAUUCGUCAAAUUGAAUUAGCACUUGCUAUUAUUGUACCUAUACUUGUUAUUUAUCUAUUAAAAAUGCUUAGUAUGGCAUCAGCUGGAAAGUUUAUUUUUAUACAAAAAUUAGAUAAUAAAUUGAAUUUAAAAAGUCGUAAAACCUAUGCAAUAUUUAUUUAUUUCAGUUUUUUUGCUGAUUGUUUUCUUGGUAUGGCUUCAUGUAUUAUUCGAUUGAUUAAAGCAACAUUUCUUAAUGUUGUAUUUAUGGCUCGACUUGAUUGGAGUUUUCUGGGAAGACCAUUAGAAAAAUUUGACCUCGGUUUUGCUGCUUAUGUCUCGUAUUUGCAUAUGGAAGUAACAUAUACCAAUCCAGUAAUGCUCGCUUUUUGUUAUUCACUUUUUGAUGAUAUCAUUCAACGGCGUCCAAAACAUUGUUAUGAUGAUGAAUGUUGUAUUGCUCCAGGUGAACUUGAUGAUGACAAUGAAACUGAGACUGUAAGACAAAAUCAACUACAACAGAACAGAACAGAUUUAACACAAAAUUCUCCACCAGUUACAUACAGACGGCGAAAUAACAAUGAUGGAUCAGUAGAAGUUAAUACUAUUUCUAAUGUAGAUAAACCAAUAUCGAAAAGAACAUCACAAAUAGAAACAAACCAACAGCAACAAGAUCUUUUAACAACAGAAUCUCAACGUGGAUCCAUAAUAUCUACUAAAGAAAAUCGAAAGAAUAUUAGUAAAAAAACAAAACAAAAACAGUCAAAUAUUGACAACGAAGAAAAACAAAGUAAUGCUUCGACUAGUACUGGAUCUACUUCUCGGCAGCAAUUACAAUUUAGUUCUGCUCCUCCAAUACCAAUUCGUAAAGAUCUACCAUUCGAACAAGAUCAAAGUGAUGAUCGAAUUGAUGGUGAUAGAAGUUUGAAACGAAAACCAUAUCCUACUGUUGCAAAACUUAUUUCACAAAAAGAAACACGUUUAUCAUCAAUUCCACAAUCAUCAAAAAUAAAUAUAGAUAAUCAAACAGACGAAGAUGAAGAUGAAAAUAUAUCAAAACCAAAAUAUAAAACUAAGGAAAAGAAACAGAAAAAAUCAAUAAAAUUACAAAUUCAUGAAGAUGAAGAUGAAGACAGCAGUCUAUCUAAACAAAUAAUAGUAGCAGCUGAAAAGAAGAAACAACGAUCGGAAACAAGAAAAAAGAAAUCACCACAAACAGCGAUAAUUGAAGACGACGAUGAUAAUGAUGGCGCGCUAAAACAACAACAAUCUAACAAAAAGAAAAUUUCGAAUAAAUCAAAGAAAGAUAUCUCAAAAUCAAACAUUUCGAAAGAAGAUGACAAUAGUAGACGUACUGGUAAAACUUCUAAUACUAUUAAAAUGAUCAUUCCAUCUAAACAACCUAUACGAAACAAUCAAAUAAUAAAACAAGAUUCAUCAUCGGAUAAUACUUUUGAUAGUACUACACGAUCAUCUAAACCUCAACAAGAUACAACUUCAACAUCAUAUGAAAUUAUUGAUCGAAAAGUACGAAAAAAACCUGAUUCUAGUCAACAUACAAAAGCUAAGAAAUCUACAGACAAAUAUCAUCAAGACACAGUUCGAACAGAAGAAGAAGAUGUUGCUGUUCGACCAACAACAGUCUAUUCACCACCAUCAUAUAAUUUAGCAACAACUCCACUUGAUUCAUAUUUUUUACGAACAAUUUCAUAUCGUAAAGCUCAAGAAAAUACACCACCACUAACCCUACAUCGACCAUAUAUUUCUCCCAUACAACGUAUGCAUCAAGAUACAAAUGAUGAUGAUAGUCCUUAUUCUGAAAUAGUAAAUGAUACAAUUCGAUCGAGUAUUAGUAAUCGUUCUUAUUCAAAAAUAGGAUCAUUAAAAACUUCAUCCAGUUAUUCAAAUAAACAACAAAAAUUAGAAGAACAAAAACAAACUGAAGAUGAUACCAAUGUCGAAACGGAAGAAGAAGAAGAAGAAGAAGAAGAACAAGAAGAAAGACCAGACGAAUCUCAUCUUUUAAGAUCUCAACCAACAUCAUUUCCUACAGUGCCAACAGCUAAUUCAACAAUGAAUACUUCAAUUAAAUCAGAAAAAGAUCAAGAAAUUGAAAGAAUUAAACGAAAGAAACGAUUACGUUUUCGUUGGCAUUUUCUUUAUACACUUAUUAGAAAUUAUCAUCUAUUUGAUUUAAGAAAAGAAAUACAAAGUCGACUUGCUCAUUUACAUUUACAAAGAAGUAGUCUUAUUGAUGAACAACAAUUUCUAACGACUACUACAGCUGAAGAACCAGAAACUACUAAGCAGACAAUAGAAUCUCUGGUACCAGAAGAACGUAGAGGCUUAGGAUCAUUAACAUCAGAUAUACCAACACCAAUAGAACGACGACCUCCAUCAACUCAUCGUUUAUUUUCUGUGCCUGUAUCUUUACUUAAUGAUUAUCCACAAAGUCCAGCUGAACGAUAUAUUGCAAAUCGUGCACGUAUGUUAUAUGAUGUUAGUGCUGAACAAAUGAAUUCACCUCAUAUUUCAUCUGUAUCACAAACACCUACAAUAAUUUCAGCAUAUAAUCAACAACAACAACGAAAUCUAAUGACUACGACCUUAAGUGAUCAAAGUCUUGGUUUUCAUGUUUCACCUAGUGUUAUUGUUCAUCCACCAUCUGAUACUAGUACAAGAUCACGUGAAAAACAAGUAAAUGAUUAUCCAAUCCGACGUGCAUUACAACGAGAACUUCUCACAUCAUCAUUAUUUCAACCUGUAUCCACCUCAAAUCAAUCUACAGCUGAUUAUCCUCUAGCAGCUUCGUCCAUUGUAACUUCUCCAACAUUAUGUACACAAAUGAGUCAUGAUCAACAUAUGCAAGUAUGGCGUCAAAAUCAGGUAGAAAAACUCCAAAAACGACGACGACACUGUUAUAUCUAUGGUACACCAUCACAACAACCUUUAGUAGAUAGAGUUUCCACAGCUACCAUUCUCACACCACAAAUUCUUAUGACUAUACCAAAACAACAACAAGCUCCAUCAACAUCAAGUGAUGAUAAAACUCGACGAAUACCAACUAUUUCACCAUUUCGAUUUCCAGUUCCAUCAGAUCAAGUGUAUACUGCACCAUCAUCUACUAUAAGUGAUAUACAAGUAGAAACUAAUAAUCAAAAAUCGAAAAGAAAUCGUCGACAGAAAAAAAUUCCUAUUCCACAAAAACGUAUGGAACGUCUUGAUGAAGACAUUCAAGAAACGUCUAAUGCAAACAAAUCAUUAAAAAUGACAUCAGCAUCAACCCGUCGAAAAGAUGUACAAAGUAGUUCAUCUGAUAUUACAGAAGUUUAA